CUUUACAUCAUCAAAAUAAUAAGCAUUAUAUUCUAAACACAUUUAGGACGUCAACUAAUCGCAACUUUCAUGGUCGAUUCUCGGAAAACGAAUCCGAUUGGCUGACACAAAGGUCCUCUCUAGUAUCAGUGGAAAAUAUAUAUGUAUAUACAUAUGACGUCACAUCAUCACUAACUGCUCCAAAUUUGAACGAUAAAGAUAUAUGUUGAAAUGCAAUGCAAUGAAUAAAAUAGUACCUCGCGAAGAAUAAGCUUUCAAAAAAGUAUCGAAAAUCUGUGCGUGUUGUAAUAUUUAAAUAAACAUUUAAAUAAAGACUCUGAAUAACAGAAAAUUAUAAAAUGACUGUCUUUUCAAGAAUAUUUUUCUCAGGGGUUGCAGCAGACUGCAAGCAGCGAAAAUACCGCAUACUUUAAUCUCAAUGGCAUUAGAUACCAACAUAAUUGCGCUAUAUAUCGUUUAUGUAAAAAGAAUUAUAAUUUACAAUCGUAAAAAAGAAUUUCCACAAUAUGUGUAUGCACAUAUUCGCUCUCUUUUACUUCGAGAGGAGGGUGAAAGAGGAAUCUGUCUUUCCAUCGAUCCCUAGAACUCGCGCGAAAGAUCCGAAAUGGGCACGUUUCCACGAAGAGCAGCGGGUGGCUGUCGCUCUCGCGGAAAGCCGUGCCCGUGCGCAGAAUCUCCCUCGCGAUCCCUCUCGCGAGAAUCGCCCCUUAAUCGGCGCCCUAAUCGGCAAUCGUCGGCGAAUCUCGGGUUCGGCGCUCGGCUCGUCGUGCUCGUCCGGCCGUGCGCGUACGACUCUCGCUCGACUCCGUAGCGUCCUCAGCAGGUUACGAACGAUUGACUGAUCGACGGAUUGAAUAUACGUUUACGCCGCAACGCGACGAGUGUCGAGGGCUCGUCGAGUGUCGUCGAGACGGUGGCCGGAUAACGCGGGACGCGCGCGACGGUGACACGCGACGUGGUGCAUGUGUGUGCGUGCGCCCGCCCGCCCGCCCGCUAGCUCGCUCGUCCGUUCGUUCGCUCGCUCGUCCGCCCAUACGCAUACACGCAGGCCACGCACGCACGGCGUCAAGACGCGUGAUCACACGCACGACACACGUCUACACGUCGACGCCACACCACGCACAUCCGCGUACACCUCCGACACAUCGUUACAUACACACGCAUACACACGGAGGAGACCCGCACGGAUCCCCCCGUUCCACGGCGCCAAUUUAAUGGAUCCGACCAUCGGUUGGUACCAACCGGAGCAGUUCGGCCCCGCCAAGGACCUGUGGUUGCACAUCUGGGAGGCGGAGAAGGGCCUCGACGUACUGACCCUGCGUAACGACGCGAUCGCGAGCAACGCGAUGGGCGUGCGACUGCAGCAGGACUUUCUCGCGCUGGACACGAGCCCGGCGGCGGCUGCGACCGCGGCCGGCACCGCGGCAUCGUCCAACGUCAUCGCCGGCGGCGGCACUGUCACAACCACCGCGACCACGACCACGGCCAGCUCCACCGGCGUCAUCGGCGCCGGCACCGGCAUCGGUACGGGUUUCGGUGGUGCCAGCAACAAUAACGGCAACGGCAGCAGUAACAACAACAAUAAUGGUAGCGGUAAUGCUAACAACGGUAACAACGGCCGCGCCGCCACUGCCGUUCACGGCAAUGCCGCCGGCAACAACAACGGCGAGCACCGUGUGCCCCACAACGCCUGCAACAGUUAUUACAAUCCGUCGCGCAGGAAAAGCGACAAUCGUGCGAGCACCUACGGCAUGAAUUACAAUUACGACGCCCUCGUGGGCGAGUACGGUGGCUGCCCUUGGCGCGUGUCGAGCAAGCACUAUUCCAAGGGUGUUAUCGGGUUACAUGAGGAGAUAGAAGAUUUUUUUGCAUAUAUGUGCCCAUCACACGAAGAACAUGUUUUAAGAAUGAGGGUUGUAAAGAGAAUAGAACAAGUAAUUUAUGAUCUCUGGCCAGACUCUAAAGUCGAAGUGUUUGGCAGUUUUCGCACUGGUUUAUAUUUGCCUACGAGUGACAUAGACUUGGUAGUAAUAGGAAUGUGGACAAAUCUUCCAUUACGUACUUUGGAGCGUGCUUUACUAGAUCAAAAUAUCGCUGAACCGUCUUCUAUUAAAGUCUUAGACAAGGCCAGUGUGCCGAUUGUCAAAUUGACCGAUAAGGAAAGCGAGAUCAAGGUGGACAUUAGUUUCAACAUGAACAACGGUGUGAAGUCCGCAGAGUUGAUAAAUUCGUUCAAAAGGCGAUAUCCAGUUCUCGAGAAGCUAGUCAUGGUGUUGAAGCAAUUUCUCUUGCAGAGAGACCUUAACGAAGUGUUCACCGGUGGUAUAUCCUCAUAUAGUUUAAUACUCAUGACCAUCAGUUUUUUACAACUACACCCGAGACAGAAUACCUAUUCAUCGAACACCAAUUUGGGAGUACUGUUAAUUGAAUUUUUCGAGUUGUAUGGCAGAAAAUUCAACUACGUUAAGACUGGUAUUCGUGUGAAGGAUGGCGGUACUUACAUAUCCAAAGAGGAGGUUCAACGAGACAUGAUAGACGGUCACCGGCCGUCCUUAUUGUGCAUAGAAGACCCGCUCACACCUGGAAAUGAUAUCGGCCGCAGUAGUUAUGGCGCUUUAUACGUAAAGGAUGCAUUUGAUUGGGGCUAUUUCGUUCUCUCUCAAGCGGUCAGUCCCUUAAACAUCCUAAUCAAUGACGCGAGUAAAGUCAGCAUAUUGGGCAGAAUAAUCCGCGUGACUGACGAGGUGAUAGAAUACCGUAAGUGGAUUAAGGAAACAUUCCUGCUACCUGUGAGCGAAGCGGACUCUUUAUCGAGUUCAACCGGUUCCGAUGCGUCUACCCUUUCAGCCCCCGCCAGUGACACGGUAAAUAUUGACUCCGAGUGCAGUCGGGGGAAUUCUCCGAACACUGGCGGGAAGAACGAGAAUGAAAAGAACAAAGACAGGCUUUUCUAUAACAGUCAGCAAAUGCACCAUUAUUCAGGAAAGAAAGCGUUCAAAGCAACCGUUCACGUGAACCACCAGCAGACCUUCAAAGGCAGUUACCAUCGAAUCAACAACAACAUAACCAGUCAGAACAAAGCCAAGCACGCACUCCACAGUAAUGGAAGCAAUAAUAACAACAAUAAUAACAAUACUAGUCACAGUCCGAGCUCUCGGCCGAACAUGGUGAAGAGGAAGAAGCAGUGCACGAUGCAGCGCGGGACCGGGGACUGUGUACGGUGAUGAAACAUGCACGUUAAUGUCGGACAUUACUUCCGUCACUUAAGUUGUAGCGAGCUCAAUAUCAUAACCGUGUGAUAGAAGAAAGACAGCGAUCGGUCACGUAACAAUCAUCCUACGCAACUUCUCUCCUCGUGUCUUCUCGUCUCCUUUUUUUUCCUCCUGUUUUCUCAUUUUCAACUCGAUGUACAGAAGGACACAACGCGUCUACGGUUCUAACAAGACUUACAGUACAGGAAGUUCUAUUCUGAUUCUUGUGCAAACAAGGAUCGCCCGGAGAAGUAGCUAUAUAUAUAUAUAUAUAUAUAUAUAUAGCUGUGUGUGUGUGUGUAUAUAUAUACAUGUAAUCGCGUAUGCAUACCCCCAUUUCUUUCCCCAGUUUACCAGGAUUCCACAUUCUCCUCUCUGUACGCGACAGAUCACGUACCAAAGACGUACAGAGUCCUUAAUCGCGAAUCGAUCGGAAUAAGAUCCUUUUACACUUUACUCGUAUAUUGCACACUGGCUGUAAACAGUACCCGUGAAGACAAGCGUAAUAUAUAACGUUUCAUUGAUUAUAUCGGAGAUCAGAAAGUUAUUGUUGCCAUCGUUAAAUAGUAAUUACGUUCGUAGCCGUAACGAUUAACAUAUUGUAAUACAUUUAUAUAAUACACAAACACUUGUACACACACACACACACACAUCACACAUACACGUCACACGAAUGUGCGAGUCUGAGUUGUGGUACAUUUUUCUCGGGAACUCCAAACACGUAAAACUGUAAACGCUGAUAGUAACAACAAAAACUUAGUUUUCUAUGCGAAACUAUAUUCUUAUAACAAGGGUGUGACAGCGAAUCUGGUGAUAUUGGGACUUAUUUAAUGUACAUAUUGUAAUAUACAUCAUCAAACAUAGAGAAGUAAGUCCAACAGUUACCUACUAAACUUUCUUUUUUAAUUUAUAAAUAUCUAAACUAAGAGAGUGUUUGUUACAGUGAUUUUAUCGUAUAAAAAUUCACGGAUGAAGCCAUAUCUAUUUAAGAGUGUUAUUUUUCUGUUAUUUUUUUUCUCUCUAUGAAACGUGUGUAAACUCAGUAUCAUUGUCGAAAGAUUUUGAUAUGUUUUUCAGAUUUUAAUAAAAUUGCAGGUUCUCACAUGCUGGUAGAAUACGGUGGUAAAAAAAGAGAAAAUUUUUAAUAAAAAUAUUUUUAAAAACUAGCUUAUACAUAAUAUAUACUAUCGACAGAGACAGAGCGAUGACAACGCUUCGCAGUCUAUUUCGUAGCAACAAUAUUUUCUUGCAUAUUAGCUCUAUCUUCUGCUGUGUUUUGUACAGAAACGUUAAUUUCUUAAUGUUAGUUCAUAAUUCUUAGUAUCCUCUGAACAAUGAUGUAUUAUUUUUAUAUCAGAUAUUAAUACAUAUUUGUAUUAUACAAAGGGAAAAAAAAACGAAGAAUCUGAUAUUUAUGAAUUUUACAUUGCAUUUGAUGAAACUUAUAUAUGUAUGACAAUACGCAAAAAGGCCUUGACAUUACUUAAAAGCUCCGUAUGUUACGUUCAUCAAUCAUAGUAGAUGUGGUAGUUCAUUAUCGAAUAUAUUACAUUCCGUUGACGUAAUAACUGAAUGAGACAGAACAGAAUGUUUACCGCAAUAAAUCUCUAGUGUUGGAUCAAAAUUCUUUACAGAUGCAGCCGCAUUUUUGUGUUCAAUGAUAUGUAACGAGCGAUGCAAAGAUAAUCUCUGUAAACAGCUUAAUUUAACCGUGUGUAUCGAGGAUAUUUAGCUUUCAAAGUCUUUUUAAAUUAUGUAAUAUAUCCAGUAUUCCGUGUAUCAUUUAAUUUAAACCUCUUUCGUAUAUGAUAUUGUAAGCUGUGAUUGAAUUUAAUAAUUAAAUUGUCAAUUGCUUAAAGAUAUUUAUAAAUAUAUAUAUAUAAAUAUAUAAUUUAAAUGUUACUGUAAAGCAUUAUAAAGCCAUACUACAUUUUUAAAACUAUUGUAAACUAUUAUUAUUAUCAUCAUCGCUUAGUGAUCCUCACAACACAGCAAAUUACGUGUUUUUUAUAAAUAUCAGAAUUUCGUAAUUAUUGAGAGUUUGAUAAUGAAACUUCGUAAUCAGUCAUAUUUAUCGAAUUUCCCCAACGACUAUUGGAACUUCUGUAAAAAAGAGAAAAAAUUGAAAAAAAAAGAUUAAUAAAUAUGAAUGAUGCCCAGAUGUCUGAUCCUCAUUAUUUCUUGUCGUUUGUAUAUUUUUAAGAACGGCGAUUUUACCUCACAGCUAUUGUUUAAGGCCAAAUAGUCAGUUUGUAAAACUUCUCGAUAUAGCAAUAUAAUACUCUCUGUAUUUUCCAAAAACUUUUGAUAUAGUCAUGUAUUUAUAUUUGUGUGAAUAUAUUUUUAAAUAAGCAAUAAUGUAACGACGUAACGCGAUCAGUAAUGCAGUUUUACCUCUGUAGAAUCGUCUGACUCGUCUCACAGCCGUUACAUUGAAAUUGUAAAAAAACCAUAUUUAAUUAGCGUAUACGCAUCACUGAAAGCUGGUAAUCUCCCGCGAUUACGCACUUUCGAAAGCGAUGUAAGCGAUGAUGUUGCCUGUACCUCGGUAACGUCUCCUUUUUUCCUAAGAAAAAAGCUUUGCGCGCGAGGAGGAAGGGAAGUGAGAUAACAGGCGAGACAAUUGUGCGAUCGAGUUAAGCUGAAUGACUUAGAAAGAAGUUGUCGGACCGGCAGCAAGACCUGUACUUAUAAUUACGUACGUCUAAGUUUGUAUACAUAUAAAUUAAUCUUUGAAGCGUGUGACAAAUAUGUACAGAAGUGAAAUAAAAAUCUUACUUACCUUUUUCUUCAA